AUGGAGCGCAUUCUUUUCUUGGAGGAUAAACAUUUUGUUGAAGAUGAGUAUUUGAAUUAUUGUGAAAAGGAAGGGGAAUCUCCUGAUGAUAAUCGAACUAAAUACAUAGAGAUUUUUCCUAAAACUAUUGUCAAUAAAGUAACGAGUGAGGACAUUGGUUUAGCUUAUUCGAUGAAUCCAUAUCAAGGUUGUGAGCACGGCUGUAUUUAUUGCUAUGCUCGAACAACUCAUGAGUUUUGGGGGUAUAGCUCGGGCUUAGAUUUUGAAACGAAAAUAUUGUUUAAGCGAAACGCUCCUCAAUUAUUAGAAAAAAGAUUAAACAGCAAAAAUUGGAAGCCAGUUAACAUCAUGUUCUCAGGUAAUACUGAUUGUUACCAACCUAUAGAAAAGAAAUUGGAAAUUACCAGAGAGAUGCUUAAAGUGUUAUAUAAGUUUAGGCAUCCAGUUAGCAUUAUCACCAAGAAUAAACUUGUAUUACGAGACCUAGAUUUACUAAAGAAAAUGGCUAGGUUAAAUUUGGUUAAUGUGAGUGUAUCUAUUACUACGUUAAGUGAGGAGACUAGGAGGAUUGUUGAGCCAAGAACAGCUUCCAUUAAGAAUAGAUUGGAUACUGUGAAAGUUCUAUCUGAAAAUGGAAUCCCUGUAAAUGUUAUGAUGGCACCAAUUAUCCCAGCGAUUAAUAGUCAUGAAAUUUUUAAUCUAGUAAAAAAAGUGAGUGAAUUAGGUGCUCUAUCAGCAGCUUAUACUAUUGUCAGGCUCAAUGGGACAAUUGGGGAUGUUUUUAUAGAUUGGGUACAUAAAGCCUAUCCUGAAAGAGCUAAUAAAAUCCUUCAUCAAAUAGAAGAUUGCCAUGGAGGAAGUUUAAAUGACUCUAGGUAUAAAAAGCGAAUGAGUGGAGAGGGUAAAAUAGCCGAGCAAGUUGCGAUUCAAUUUGGAUUGGCCAAAAGGAAGUUUAUGAAAGGGAAGCAAUUUCCAACAUUAGAUUAUUCACUCUUUAGAAAUGAUUUUAAUCGACAAAUUUCAAUGUUUUAA